AUGUCUGCGUCCCGGUCUGGGAGCAUAUCCGUGACCCCACGGGGUCCGCGACCUCCGGUUGGACGCUUGGCUAGUCUAAAGCCCCCAAGCUCAAUCCCCAUCAAACGCCCACAACCGAUGGGACGCCCUCAACCUGCACGCCCUAAGACACACCCGAAGACUCAGAGCUGUCCGAAUCCUGGGUGUCCUGCUCCACACAUCGUCGAGGAUGAAGGCCAAAAGGUUUGCUCGGGGUGCGGUACAGUUAUCAGCGAAUCAAAUAUCGUGUCCGAGGUGACAUUUGGCGAGACAUCAUCUGGCGCCGCAGUGGUACAAGGAUCUUUCGUCGGAUCAGACCAGACCCAUGUCCGGAGCUACGGACCAGGUUACCAUCGUGAUAGUAUGGAAAGCCGGGAGGUGACUGAGCAGAAUGGCAAUCGAAUUAUCAAUCUAGUAGCCCGACAGCUACAUGUCCCCGAGAGUGCCGUGAAAGCAGCUGGUCAAGUUUUCAAGCUUGCGGUUGGCCUCAACUUCAUCCAGGGUCGACGGACAAAGGCCGUCGCCGGCGUUGCCCUGUACAUUGCUUGCCGUCGUCAGGAUGGUAAUACGGCAAUGCUGAUUGACUUUGCGGAUGCUUUGAUGAUCAACGUCUUCAAACUUGGUCGCACUUACAAGGCCCUUCUCGACGAACUUCGGCUGGGUGGCAAUGUUUUCCUCAUGAACCCCAUCGACCCGGAAAGCUUGAUCUACCGAUUCGCCAAACAACUUGAAUUUGGGCAAGCCACGAUGCAAGUCGCUGGCGAAGCUGUCCGUAUCAUUCAGCGAAUGAACCGUGACUGGAUGUCAACCGGUCGACGUCCCGCUGGUCUUUGUGGUGCGGCAUUGAUCUUGGCAGCUCGGAUGAACAAUUUCCGCCGCACUAUUCGCGAGGUGGUCUAUGUCGUCAAGGUCACAGAGGUUACCAUCAGCCAGCGUCUUUCUGAAUUCGGCUCGACGGAGAGUGGCGAGCUUACUGUGGACCAAUUCCGCUCCGUGCAACUGGAAAAUUCGCACGAUCCACCUUCUUUUACCCGGGGCCGUGAGGGUAAAAAGUCAAUUCGACCUACAACCAAGCACCCCGAGACUGCAGCUGAAAUUGAAGGCGAAUACGCAGAGAGCGACGCAGGAUCAACACAAAGACAACGAUUUGAUGCCGAUGGAUUUGCCAUUCCAAGUCUUCCCAUCGACCCCGCGUUGAUUGACGAUCCUCAACGACGGGGUUCCGUUACCAGAGCCGUGAAUGAGGCGGUCGAGGAUGCCGAGAAGGAGAUGGCUGACUUCAAAGAUGCUAAAAUCAAGGGGUCUCGGCGCCCCUCUUAUCCUGUGCCUUCUGCGGAUCAAAUUGCGUCGGAAAACGCUCUUGAGGAAGAGAUCCAGACCAUGCUGGCCAAAGGUUCAGACCUAGUCGAGAGCAUCAUCGAGCCCAAACCUGUCAGCUCUGUUUCCGACAGCAUUCAUAUCGAUGAAGCUGAGUUUGAGGACGAUCCCGAGGUCGCCCAUUGCCUGCUUUCAAACGAGGAAAUCGAACUGAAGGAGCAUAUCUGGGUUCACGAAAAUAAGGAAUACCUCCGCACACAGCAGGCGAAGGCCCUGAAGCGUGCACUUGCUGAAGCGACUGCCGGUCCCUCUACAUCCAAACCUCGAAAACGCCGGAAGGGUCGCAUGGGCGACGUAGCCUAUCUCCAGGGCGAGGGCGAUGGUGAGGACGGCCGCAGCUCUCGCGCCUCAACUCCGGCAGAGGCCACGCGACGAAUGUUGGAGAAUCGUGGGUACAGCAAAAAGAUCAACUACUCGCUCCUCGACAACCUCUACGACCAGGACGUCCCCGGCGAUGUCAAUGCAAAGGUGGAAUCUCUGAGCCGAAGCGACAGUCGCAGUCGCAGCCAGAGCGUUGCUUCACGCCGCAGCGUGAGCCUCCAACCCGAGCCAGCACGAUCACGCCGUACAGCCCGGGCAGCUUCCCGAGUCCCUUCGGGUGUUACCAGCAAGCCUGUCAUAUUCGCCAAUCACCAGCCCACUCCACCUGCCACGGCUCCUUCAAUCUCCGCUGUGGAUGAACCUGCAGAGGCAACACCACUUACCGAAGCUGAGAUUGGUGGUCUUCCAACUAAUGAUCUGGAUGAGAUAGAUGAGGACGAAGACGAGGUUGAGGAUGACCACGUUGACGAUGCAUUCGCGGGAGAAUACCACAAUGACUUCCAGGAUGACUAUUACGAUGCGGGCAGUGAUUACGACUACGAUUAA